UGUAACAAAAACUCAGGCGAAGCGUCAUAUUCACUCUCUCCUUCACAACAAAGGGUGGAUCGCACACACAUGCAAAUCCACACCCAUCUUCGGCUUAGGGUUCCUCUUUUCAAUAAUUCACAUUCCCGACAACACCCAUUUUUUUGUUUCGUAUGGUGAGAGGCAGAAGGGAAAGGGACAUGGACUCGUUCACCAUCAGUGGCACCGACAAGAUCGUAAAAGUUGGAGACUGUGUUCUGUUGAGGCCAUCAGAAGACUCGAAUUCACCCUACGUGGCGCUUGUGGAUAGCAUCUGGGAUGACAACAGAAACAACGUGAAUGUUAAGGUGAGAUGGUAUUAUAGGCCUGAAGAAUCAAUUGGGGGUCGAAGGCAGUUCCAUGGUGCCAAGGAACUGUUCCUAUCUGACCAUUAUGAUAUACAGAGUGCUCACACCAUUGAAGGAAAGUGUGUCGUUCACUCCUUUAAGGACUAUACUAGGCUGGAGAAUGUAGGUGCUGAGGAUUACUAUUGUAGAUUUGAGUACGCUGCUGCUACUGGGGCUUUCACACCUGACCGUGUUGCUGUGUAUUGCAAUUGCGAAAUGCCUUAUAAUCCGGAUGACCUCAUGAUGCAAUGUGAGGAGUGCACGGAUUGGUACCAUCCAGCUUGUGUUGGCAUGACUACAGAGGAAUCAAAGAAACUAGAACUUUUUAUUUGUGUUGAAUGCUUAACUUAUGCUGCUAUGAAGAAACCCCAAGCUACGUCUUCUGCAUCACCAGGACCUGACGUCAAGGCGGAGCGCAAGCGGCGGGAGAGACGACCAUAAUGCAAGAAUUGACUCAUGCUGAAUUUGGCUGCCUCUAUGGUGCGUUGUAUAGCUUCUUCUCGAGGCUAUAAACAUUUUAUGUAUUUGACUCAAGGCUAUGCAUGUAAGCGUUUUAGGUUUGUUAAAAGACAUUUAUCUGUUUACCGUUGUCCAUAAAGAGACAACACUGAUCCAAGUGUUUAUUCCUGAGAUGACAUCAAACCUUAAACACUGAAGUACAAAGCAAUUGUCACUUGAGUAUUUGGUGUUGAGAUUGAAUU